AUGGACCAUCAAUCAUACACACCACAACCAUAUUGCAUACUUACCGUGGCAGAAAGGCUACUACCUAUUGUCGGACUAUCAGGACAGCUGGACUCAUUCUUCCAGAACAUCACUCCCCAUCCAGAUGAGUGUGUUGAGAGAUGGAAAGUAGAAGUCCAGCGCGAUUAUGACCAACUAAUCGCAUUGGGUGGACGGCCUACUCGUUCUAUAAGACCACAAUUCAUCUGGAAAGUCACUAUCGUGGAUGGCAUGUUUAGUUACAGAGACGAAGAUAAUAAAACUGAUGUGACUCAGGAGGUGGAUGUGACCUUGGAUGAAGAGGGUCUUGCACAUACCCACUGGAGUGAGGAAUGGGCUAAAUGGGCGGAAGAAUUGAGGCGGUGGCAGAAGUUCAAGGAAGACCAGCAGAGGCACAAUCAACUUGGUCGAUCGGAGACGGAUUUGGAGCUCGAGAAUACGGACGUGGAUUUGGUUGAGGUAUUGUCCAAGUUAGACGACUGGCAGUUAUUUGAAUUCGUCCAACAGAAAAAGGUUCAUGAUGCGGAGAGGUUUCAUGAACAAUGUCAACAAGAAAUUGCGAGACUUGAGGAUGCAAUGGUCACUGCAAGGGCUGCAAAACCAAUGCGAGCAGUCGAAGAACCGCAUGGGGGGUGGAUGUGGCAAAUGGAGACACUGCAAAAAGAAUUAGAGGCUUCCCAAGAAGAACUGAUGUGGGUUAAAAGUCAGUGGACGGAGGUGCUAGCAGAAGCUAGUCAUUCGAUUGCCGCAUCGCCGAAGCUUCAAAAACAGUUAGAAGAGAAGCUUGAGAAGCAGACCAACAAGAUAUACCGCCACCUACAGCAAAGGGAAGCCAGACCGAGCAAUGCGGUUCAUCGUCCCGAUACCACGGCUGACUUCCCUCAGAGACUUCAACAUUGGAUCUCGGAAAGCUCCGCCAUUACCGCCGAACUGUGGGAUUGGAGGAUCUUCAUGGCUUGGCGACGAAAUGUAAAAGGCGCUGACACUAAAAAACAGGAGGAGCAGAAGCAACCUUUUCAAGUUGACGCAGAUGCAAAGCUCUUUGAGGACCUUGUGAAAUAUUGCCAGUACGAACUUGAUAAAGCAAGCAGCUGGGUCUACUCUUGGCGCUGUCGAGCGAGUCACUACGCGGGAGCGAAGAAGAGCACUGCGCUACAAGAGAGAAUAGAAUCUCUGCUUGCAGAUGACGAAGACGACGAUUAUCAAGAAGCACGAGCAUAUGCCUAUGCGCAACCUCAAGUCACAGAAUCUGACCAGGCAGAAAUCUAUGCGAAGCAGGCGGAACAGAAGGUUUCGGACGCUGCGAAGCGACUCGAGCGAGCUCAACAACAAUUGCAAAAUAUUCUUGCACGUCGUGACCGACCCUCCACGGGUGAAAUACCAGCGGAAGACUCGGAAGCCCAACUACCACCUACACCGGCACAAUCACAGUCUUCUAAGGGGAGUCUUCCCAAGAAUCAGAAACCUUCGAAUAAGAGUAGCACCGCUGGAAAAGAUCAUCGGCGAUCGAAGAAGAAGGAAGCAAGGAAAAGGGGAGCCAACUUAAGCAACACCAACACACAACAGCAGACCCUUCCAGACUUUUCUUCCGGUUCAGAUCAAUUCAAAAUAGACGAUGAUAUCGAGAUGUCAGACGUCCUGGAGGACACAAUCAUGUCAGAUAGCAAAGAUCCUCCCAAUCACAUCCCACCAUCUUCAUCGAAACUUAUCACACCGCCCUCGUCCAGCCCCCAUGCUUCGACAUCGAGGAAGACUCGCUCUUCUACAAAACUUAAUCAGCCUCUCUCUGAUAAGGUCUCCAAGAAGAUGAACACAAACAAAAAGCCGACCAAAAAGUUCAAGGGCUUUACAGAACUACAAGUCACGACAUUGCUGAACGCUGCAUCGACCAGCCGUCCUUGCACCAAUUCUAUUGCACCAAGGAGAAGUGAACGGCUCAAAGAGAAAGCUGCAAUCUCAAAGAGGAGGGUGUGCACAUAA